CUGACAGCACGGAGCACACGACCAGGCCAGAGCGCGGAUAGGCCGCGAGUCUCUGCUCGAGCGCAGUUUGGACCGUUAACCCCGAAAACAAUAUGGACCUUGUAGUUCUUUCAUUUUCAAUUACCGAAAGCGGAACGUCUCCACUUCCGCUCUGAAAGCGGGGGCAUGUUCGGUUCCUGCAGCUGCUCGCGCCGCACCCUCCGGUGUUGUUGUUGUUGUUGUUGUUGUUGAUUGUUGUAGUGUUACUAAAAGAGUCACGCGCCGUGGCUCCUACUGCCGUUAUCCCUGCCCUGAUUUUGGUGCCGCGGCCCGACAGUUGGCUCGUCGCGCGCAUGCAGCAGAAUGGCUCGAGCGGUUCCAACGGUUCUGAGGGCUGCGGCGGCGCGAGGGACCGCCAGGCUCUGUCCUUCAGCCCGCUGCCCGCCGCCACGACGCGAGUCAGGCGGUUCAUUCAGGAGAGACGGACGCUGCCUCUACCCAGAGUGAUGGUGGUAUUCUCGGCCGCGGGUGACACCGAGAAACCGGGCGAUGCGAUGUCAAGCUCGGACUCCGCUGUGGAGGAUGACUUCCGAAAGCCGGCCUCCCCGGCAAAGAGCUUCGCCCUCAGCAAGCCGCUCCGCUCCUCGCUCAACACGCCGGAGCAGGAGGUAGGGCAGGCCGCGUUACCAGACCGUUAUACCGGGUUUCCAGAGGUCAUCUCUCUGAAUGUUGGGGGCACGUACUUCACCACACGCCUGUCCACUCUGCGGCGGUACGAGGACACGAUGUUGGCCGCCAUGUUCAGCGGGCGUCACUACAUCCCACGUGAUGCUGAGGGACGCUACUUCAUCGAUCGGGAUGGAACAUAUUUUGCGGACAUCCUGAACUUCUUGCGAGAAGGGGAGCUUCCUCACAGGGACCGGGUGCGAGCGGUGCACAGAGAGGCUCAGUACUACGCCAUCGGCCCGCUGCUGGACAGCCUGGAGGACACUCAGCCGCUCACCGGGGAGAAGGUUCGGCAGGCUUUCCUGGACCUGAUGCCCUACUACAGAGAAAAUCUGGAGCACAUUGUGGAAAUCGCCAAGCUGAGGGCGAUGCAGAAGAAGGCGCGCUUUGCCAAGUUGAAGAUCUGCGUCUACAAGGAGGAGAUGCCCAUCACGCCGUACGAGCGUCCCCUUUUUAACUCUCUGCGCUUCGAGCGCUCGGACAGCGAGGCCAAGCUCUUCGAGCACCACUGCGAGGUGGACGUUUCCUUCGGACCCUGGGAGGCGGUGGCGGACGUUUACGACCUGCUGCACUGCAUCGUCAGCGACCUGGACGAGCGCGGCAUCACCGCCGAGCAGCAGUGCAUCGGCGUCUGCGACAAGCACCUCAUCAACCAUUACUACUGCAAGAGGCCCAUCUACGAGUUCAAGAUCACGUGGUGGUGAAGCUGGGAGGGGGAGGCGGUCGGGGGCCCCACGGGGACCUAAAAGCAAAAGGACGGAUGUUCCUUUUUUUACUCCAACUCGACCAAUAUUGGUUUUUGUAUUGCCAAUAUUUUGUGCUAGUGUCUUAAAUGUGAGCCUUUAAAUCGUGCUUCAACAUAUAGGUAUUCGGUUUCCCCCGCGAUAUUUUUUAUUUUAUUUUUCAAAAUGAAUAACACAAACUAAACUCAGUUGCUAGUUUAUUAAGAACACCUAUAAUGCCGUCUUAAUACAAACAGCAUUAACAAAACCUCAUGAAGGGAGAUUUAUUGCAGGACUGUUGUAUUAGACUGCAUUAGUUUGCCUAAUAAACCGGUAACUCAGUGUCAAUACCAAAGCAAUACUACUACUACUUUAAAGAGUAACAUAGCAACACUUAAACGCCCGUCUUUUGCUGCCCUCCAGUGAUGUAACAUCUCAUCUUGAUGCACAUAAAGGUGUUCUCCGGGACCUCGUGACAUCACUGUUGGGUGCUGUUACAGGUGUGUCAAAAACACACUUCUGACCACACCCAACAGUUAGGAGGAACUUUCCAAACGACGGCAAAAAAAGGUUACACAAAUGUCCUGUGCAGCAUCAUCCAAGUCUUGUAUCCAUUCAUAAACUAACGUAAAUCCAAACAAAAGUAUUUUUGCUAUGAUAUUGCUCACCAAACCAUUUUUUUUGGGGGGGGGAAGGUUUUUUUUUAUCCUCCUCUGAAAUGCUUCGGAUAAUGCUGCACGUUUUAUAACCCUUUUUGACGUCUUUUGGGCAGCUUCUGUUUGCACUGAUAUGCUUUUGUGAGUGCUAUAUACAAUCAGGCUGCUUUUGGGUGAACUAUUUACUUGGGCGUUACUCUUCAACCGUAAAUCAUGAUAUUAAGGGUACAUUUUGAGUUUUGGUCGCACCCGUAGUCCAGCACAGUCACUGUAGUUACAUGCAA